GGGGUGAAGCCCUGGCUCCAGCGGAGUUAAUGAAUCAUCUGGGGGUAGGGGACCUUUAAGGCAGCGGCGGAAGGAUCCUGCGGUCAGACGAUUUGGCGGAAGGAUCUGACUCCGCUUCGACUUCCGGGGGCGUCCGUGGGACCUCGAGAGGAAAAAGGCCCUAAAGAAACAAUAACAAACAGGAGGAGGAGGAACUUCCCCGGCUCUCUCCGGCCGCUUUGGCCCUCGCCGGACUAUGAGCUCCGUUUCCUGCAGGGGGACGUGAAAGGACCCGGCUGGGCUCCCGCUGCCCUCUCUUCUCUGACUUCCCCCCCCCGCCCCAGACGCUAUCCAGGGAGCGGGGUCCCCUCGGUGUGGACAUGGCGGGUGCGGGUCCUGGGGGCUACGCGGCCGAGUUCGUGCCGCCCCCGGAGUGCCCGGUCUUCGAGCCCAGUUGGGAGGAGUUCACCGACCCGCUCAGCUUCAUCGGCCGGAUCCGGCCCCUGGCUGAGAAAACCGGCAUUUGCAAGAUCCGACCUCCCAAGGAUUGGCAGCCCCCAUUUGCAUGUGAAGUAAAAAGCUUUCGUUUUACUCCUCGAGUCCAACGUUUAAAUGAACUUGAGGCAAUGACCAGAGUGAGGCUGGACUUCUUAGAUCAACUAGCAAAAUUCUGGGAACUUCAGGGAUCUACUCUGAAAAUACCUGUGGUGGAGAGAAAAAUCCUUGAUCUGUAUGCUUUAAGCAAGAUUGUUGCUAGUAAAGGAGGCUUUGAAAUGGUCACAAAAGAGAAGAAAUGGUCUAAAGUGGGCAGUCGAUUAGGCUAUCUACCAGGGAAAGGAACUGGGUCCCUCUUGAAGUCUCAUUAUGAAAGGAUCCUUUACCCUUAUGAGCUUUUUCAGUCUGGAGUCAGCCUUAUGGCAGAGACUGGAGAAGUAAGUAGAAACACCGAAUUGAAGAAACUUCAGAUCUUUGGAGCUGGGCCUAAGAUGAUGGGCCUGGCAAUAGGAGCAAAGGAUAAAGAAGAUGAAGUCUCUCGAAGACGUAAAAGUACGAGGUCAGAAGCAUUUAGUAUGCAAAUGAGACAACGAAAAGGGACUCUUUCAGUUAACUUUGUGGAUCUCUAUGUUUGCAUGUUUUGUGGUCGAGGAAACAAUGAAGACAAGCUGCUCUUGUGUGAUGGAUGUGAUGAUAGCUACCAUACAUUUUGCUUGAUUCCUCCUCUACCUGAUGUUCCCAAAGGAGACUGGAGGUGUCCUAAGUGUGUUGCUGAGGAAUGUAACAAACCUCGAGAGGCCUUUGGGUUUGAGCAAGCAGUUCGAGAGUACACCCUCCAGAGCUUUGGAGAGAUGGCAGAUAAUUUUAAAUCAGAUUACUUCAAUAUGCCAGUUCAUAUGGUACCGACAGAACUGGUAGAGAAGGAAUUCUGGAGACUGGUGAGCACCAUUGAAGAAGAUGUCAUUGUGGAGUAUGGAGCUGAUAUCUCUUCAAAGGAUUUUGGAAGUGGGUUUCCUGUAAAGGAUGGUCGGAGAAAGAUGAUGCCAGAAGAGGAGGAGUAUGCCCUUUCUGGCUGGAACCUGAAUAACAUGCCUGUGCUGGAACAGUCUGUCCUUGCACACAUCAAUGUGGAUAUUUCUGGUAUGAAGGUGCCCUGGCUCUAUGUGGGCAUGUGCUUCUCUUCAUUUUGCUGGCAUAUUGAGGAUCACUGGAGUUACUCCAUCAAUUAUCUGCACUGGGGGGAGCCAAAGACAUGGUAUGGUGUCCCAUCUCAUGCUGCAGAACAACUGGAAGAAGUUAUGAGAGAGCUGGCCCCUGAAUUGUUUGAGUCCCAACCUGAUCUCCUACAUCAGUUAGUCACUAUUAUGAACCCCAAUGUACUAAUGGAGCAUGGUGUACCUGUAUUCAGGACCAAUCAGUGUGCAGGAGAGUUUGUGGUGACAUUUCCUCGUGCCUAUCACUCUGGAUUUAACCAGGGCUACAAUUUUGCUGAAGCUGUGAACUUCUGCACUGCUGACUGGCUGCCUAUUGGACGUCAGUGUGUGAAUCAUUAUCGACGACUAAGGCGUCACUGUGUGUUCUCACAUGAGGAACUUAUCUUCAAGAUGGCUGCAGAUCCAGAGUGCCUUGAUGUAGGGCUUGCUGCUAUGGUCUGCAAAGAAAUGACCCUUAUGACUGAAGAGGAGACACGACUGAGGGAGUCUGUUGUACAAAUGGGUGUACUCUUAUCUGAAGAAGAGGUGUUUGAACUUGUUCCUGAUGAUGAACGACAAUGUUCAGCUUGCAGAACUACAUGCUUUCUCUCUGCUCUUACUUGUUCUUGUAACCCUGAUCGGCUUGUUUGUCUCUACCAUCCUGCUGACUUGUGCCCUUGUCCCAUGCAGAAGAAGUGUCUUAGGUACCGGUAUCCAUUGGAAGACCUUCCUUCUCUUUUGUAUGGUGUUAAGGUCAGAGCACAGUCCUAUGACACUUGGGUCAGUCGAGUUACAGAGGCAUUGUCUGCCAGCCUCAACCACAAGAAAGAUGUGAUUGAAUUGAGAGUGAUGUUGGAAGAUGCUGAAGAUAGGAAGUAUCCAGAGAAUGAUCUUUUUAGAAAACUCAGGGAUGCUGUGAAAGAAGCAGAGACAUGUGCUUCAGUGGCUCAGUUACUUUUGAGCAAAAAACAAAAACACAGCAGACAGAGCCUAGAGAGUGGGAAGACUCGGACCAAAUUGACUAUGGAAGAACUAAAGGCCUUUGUCCAGCAACUUUUUAGCCUUCCAUGUGUCAUCAGCCAGGCUCGACAAGUCAAGAAUCUGCUGGAUGAUGUGGAAGAAUUUCAUGAACGUGCUCAAGAGGCUAUGAUGGAUGAAACCCCAGAUUCUUCCAAACUUCAGAUGUUAAUAGACAUGGGUUCUUGUCUCUAUGUAGAAUUACCUGAGUUGCCCCGGCUGAAGCAGGAGCUUCAACAGGCUCGAUGGCUGGAUGAAGUGAGACUGACACUUUCAGAUCCACAGCGUGUCACUUUGGAUGUCAUGAAGAAGCUAAUAGACUCUGGGGUUGGGUUGGCACCUCAUCAUGCUGUGGAGAAAGCUAUGGCUGAGCUUCAGGAGCUCCUUACAGUUUCUGAGAGAUGGGAAGAGAAGGCCAAGGUUUGCUUACAGGCUAGACCUCGCCACAGCAUGUCAAGCUUAGAAAGUAUUGUGAAUGAAGCCAAGAAUAUCCCAGCCUUCCUACCCAAUGUUUUAGCCCUGAGGGAAGCCUUGCAAAGAGCUAGAGAAUGGACAGCUAAAGUAGAAGCUAUUCAGAAUGGCAGCAAUUAUGCUUACCUUGAGCAACUGGAAAGUUUGUCUGCCAAGGGACGGCCUAUCCCAGUUCGACUUGAUGCCCUGCCACAAGUGGAGUCACAAGUAGCAGCUGCACGCGCAUGGAGGGAACGUACUGGGAGAACUUUUCUAAAAAAGAAUUCUAGCCAUACUCUGUUACAGGUACUAAGUCCUCGGACUGAUAUUGGUGUUUAUGGAAGCAGCAAGAACCGAAGGAAAAAAGUAAAAGAACUGAUGGAGAAAGAGAAGGAGAAAGAUAUUGACCUUGAUCCUCUGAGUGAUCUGGAAGAGGGAUUAGAGGAAACUAGAGAUACAGCGGUGGUGGUGGCAGUAUUCAAAGAUCGGGAGCAGAAGGAAAUUGAAGCCAUGCAUUCUCUCAGGGCAGCUAACUUAGCUAAGAUCACUAUGGUGGAUCGAAUUGAAGAUGUAAAGUUCUGUAUUUGCCGCAAGACAGCAAGUGGGUUUAUGCUUCAGUGUGAGCUCUGCAAAGACUGGUUCCAUAGCAGCUGUGUGCCCCUUCCCAAAACAAGUUCCCAGAAAAAAGGAUCCAGCUGGCAGGCCAAAGAAGUAAAAUUUUUGUGCCCUCUCUGUAUGCGCUCCCGAAGGCCCCGAUUAGAGACCAUCCUAUCUCUCCUAGUGUCCCUGCAGAAAUUGCCUGUGCGACUUCCUGAAGGAGAGGCUCUCCAGUGCCUGACAGAACGUGCCAUGAGUUGGCAAGAUAGAGCAAGGCAGGCACUGGCCACAGAUGAACUGUCAUCUGCUCUGGCCAAACUUUCUGUGUUAAGCCAGCGUAUGGUGGAGCAGGCAGCCCGAGAGAAAACUGAAAAGAUCAUCAGUGCCGAACUCCAGAAAGCAGCGGCCAACCCUGACUUACAGGGACAUUUGCCUGGAUUCCAGCAGUCUGCUUUUAAUAGGGUUGUAAGUAGUGUGUCAUCUUCUCCUCGGCAAACCAUGGACUACGAUGAUGAAGAGACAGAUUCUGAUGAAGAUAUUCGUGAGACGUAUGGAUAUGACAUGAAGGAUACUGCCAGUGUAAAGUCUUCUAGUAGCUUGGAACCCAAUCUCUUUUGCGAUGAAGAGAUCCCCAUUAAAUCUGAGGAGGUGGUGACCCAUAUGUGGACAGCACCAUCAUUCUGUGCUGAACAUGCAUAUUCGUCUGCUUCAAAGAGUUGUUCUCAAGGUUCCAGUACCCCAAGGAAACAACCCAGAAAGAGUCCUUUAGUGCCCCGAAGUUUGGAGUCUCCAGUCUUGGAGUUAUCAGCUGGCGCUAAAGCCCAAUUAGAGGAACUCAUGAUGGUUGGUGAUCUCCUUGAGGUAUCUCUGGAUGAGACUCAACACAUCUGGAGAAUCUUACAAGCCACACAUCCACCCUCAGAGGAUAGAUUCCUUCAUGUCAUGGAGGAUGACAGUAUGGAAGAGAAACCUUUGAGAAUAAAAGGAAAGGAUUCUUCUGAGAAGAAGAGAAAGCGAAAACUGGAAAAAGUUGAACAGCUCUUUGGAGAAGGGAAACAGAGGUCCAAGGAACUGAAGAAACUGGACAAACCAAAAAAGAAGAAGUUGAAGAUGAGUGUAGAGAAGUCAAAGGAGCUGAACAAAUUGGCCAAGAAGCUGGCAAAGGAAGAGGAAAGGAAGAAAAAGAGGGAGAAAGCUGCUGCAGCCAAGGUUGAACUUGUAAAGGAAAAUACUGAGAAGAAAAGAGAGAAGAAGGUGCUAGAUAUCCCCUCAAAGUAUGAUUGGUCAGGAGCUGAGGAGUCAGAUGACGAAAAUGCAGUUUGUGCAGCACAGAAUUGCCAGAGGCCUUGUAAGGACAAGCCCUCUCAAUCUUAUCUCCUACAGGUAGACUGGGUACAGUGUGAUGGUGGCUGCGAUGAGUGGUUUCAUCAAGUCUGUGUGGGUGUUUCUCCAGAAAUGGCAGAAAAUGAAGAUUACAUCUGUAUAAACUGUGCAAAGAAGCAGGGGCCAAGUAGCCCAGGACAGGCCCAGCCUCCUUCUUUCAUAAUGAGCUACAAGCUACCAGUGGAGGAACUGAAGGAGGCCAGCUAGCAGAAGCUUGGUUAGUUUAGAACAUGAGGGAAAUGGACCACACUGAGACCCUUGUCAUCAAGGGAGGGUGGUUUGGAUCUGCUCUGAGUUGUUGCUUCCAAAGACGAAUGGCCUGCCGCAGAGAAAGCCCUCCUCGCUUUUUCUGUGCAGUGGGACUGUGUGAGCCACAUACUGCACCAGCCCAUCUGUGCAGAGAUGUCUCCUUUGACCUGCCAGCCGUUCUCUUAACUGGAGUGUUUGCUCGUGAGUGGGGUGUCCUGCAUUGUGUUCAGAGACUUGACUGAGCAGUAGGGUGGCUGAUCCAGCUGGGGUGUGGAGCUGGCUCGGGGCCUGUAGGCGUUAGCUAGAGAUUCACAGCCUAAUGGCAGCACUGUUUGUAGGCAUGUGUGGAACCAGAGUGCCUUGGAUCUGCCUGAAUGGGACAGCAAGAUAGCCAUCAGAAUACCAUAGUCCCUUUCCAUUAUUUGUAAGCAUUCUGUAUUCUACAAUUAUUGAAGGGAGGGCAGAUCUGCAGGUUCUAUUAGGAGUCAGAUGGAAAAGCAGCAUUACCUUUACCAGUUCCUAGUGCUUUGGUACCUAAUGCUAGGUACCAAAAAAGAAAACCCGGAGCUUCCCUUCAGCUGGGACAGAUCACCGAAUGUGGAGAAUACCAUCUCAAUUCAGAUGUUAGGCUGGAUCUUGGAAAGAAGAGCAUUUUUUAUUUCCUCCAAGAGCAACAGCUUCUCUUAUAGAGACUGGCUUUGAGAAUUCCCAGUCUCCUGGGCCUACAUAUUGGAGAGGAACAACUACAUGGACCCAGGAUUCUACACAAAGAAAAGGAAUGAAGGCCAGAAGGGUUGUCUUGCAGAGCCACAAUGGUGCAUGCUUUGGGGAUAACAUUCUUUUACAAGUAUUCCUAUCAUCACCAGGCUUUAGGCAUGAUCAUAAGCAAGACCACCAUAUGUAACUACUCACCUUGUAGUCCUGACCCAUAAACUACCGUUCUAAACACUGGCUAUUUCAGAUUCUGGCCCAGAAGCAGCAACAGAUGAUGCUGAGUCAUACCCUGACUUCGACAGAAGAUGUAGGAUUAUGGUACCUCUAGGUGAUGAGGUCAUUUUAGUCGAUCCAUUUUUAAAGAAAAGAACUUGUUUUUACUUUUUUCUAAAUGUCUCUGACUACUGACUGUUCUAUAAAUAGAUUAUUUUUCCUUUUUUUAAUAUACAUAUAUAAAUAUAUAUUUACCACUAUUACCAGCAGCAUACAUACAGUUUUCCACCAUCAAAAACCCAUUUUGGGGGCUGUUUUUUGUUUUUGUUUUUUGCUUUUUAAAAAGACCUUCAUUCCUUCCUUGUAGUACAAGGAGUAAGCAGUCACUCUUUCCCAAACUAGGCUAAUUAGACCUUCCAUCAUCUUGCCUGUGUUCAAAUAGGUAAUUACAUUUUCUUCAUGUAUUGGGAUUUGUCCCUGUCUUUGGGGAAGUGCUGGUCUCACUUUAGUCGAUGCUGUUUUGUAUGUGAAUGUCUGAAGCCGGCCAGGGUGCUGUAUUCUCUCCCCUUCUACUAUGUUUUCAUUUCUUGUACAGAUGAUAGGUGAGUUAUAGAGCAGAGUCUACGUAGAAGAUGAGCUGGAAUUUAACAAACAAAACAAAACAAACAAAAAAAAACCUUCCUAAAAAUAGUGUUUUGUCUUUGACUGUUCUGCGUCUCUUCUCCAUGUCCUAAAAGUAAUGAUUAUGACAUUUUGGCAGCUGAACUAAAAGGUAUCCUGAAAAAAGCUUAUUAAUUCCUCCAUCCUUUUUUGCCUCAUUCUGUUUAAUAUCUAGUGUCUACCACUGUCCAGUUAAUCAUUUGAGUCAAUACAAGAUUAUAUAAAACAAAUUUUUCAAAAUCUGGUUUCCUUGAGGACAUUUCCUCAUUGCGUGCCACCUAUUUUAGUCAUUUCCCCCUCAAUAUUACCGGUUUUUUUUUUUAUCUUGUGAAUUAAUAGUAGUUCAUAUUUUCAGGUUUUAUCAAUCCCAAAUAAGGAAAAUAUAAUUGUUUCAAGAUUUAGUAGAUGAAUAUUUUAUUUUUUGAAAUACUUUAUUCUUAAUUUAAGAAUUAUCAAAAUAUGUGGAUAUUUUGCAGUUAGUUCAUACCUGAACUAUAUGUUUUGUUCCCCUCUACUGUCAGUAUGGGCUGUAGGCUGUUAAAUCUAUUAUUACAAAGAUAGAGAGGAAUAAAUAAAGUAAUUGAUAAUUAAUUAAAGAUAAAGACAGGAAUAGAAAAUCCCUAAGAAUUUAAAAUGAGAAAGAAAUUCUAUCAGUCUCCUUAUUGUGGUCCUCUAUGUAAAAAAAUCAAAAGAACUCCCAUAAUUAUUGAUGUCUCUGGCUCCUUAGAGAUGUAUGUUUGCUCUGCUUCCUCUUGUACUUCUCUCUAAAAUUCAGUUGUUGGGAGCAGGCCAUAAAAAUGUCUGGUAUGCCAUUUGUUGAAGUUUUUGUGCCCUUUAAAGUGGUGGGAUCAACAAGAGUGUCAAUCUAGAGUAUGAUUUCUGUCCUUAGGUGUAUAUAUAUUGGGAUAUAUUCCCCAGAAAACUCACAAGAAAUAAAUUAGCCUUCAGCAGUAUAUGGUUUCUUGCUAAAAAGUUGUUACAGACAUUGACAUUAAAAGAAUUUAUAUUCCUUUAUUUAGAACUAUGUGAUUAUCACUCAAAUAAAAUAUGAGAGCUUGACUUAAUUAGAUUACACAUUGGACCUCCAAGAUUGGGAAACAUAAAAGUUAAAUUAAUGUUCACAUACCAGACUAAUUUUGGGGAAGAGUAAAGGAAGUAAAAGCUAAGAGAUGUUUGUAUUCUUCUAAAGCAUAAUUUUAAAAAAGAAACUACUUAUAGCUUACAUCAUUCUUCAACACUAUAAAUAACUUUGGGAUCAAAGCUUGGUUUUUAAAUGGUUGCCAACAGAAAAUGGCAGUUCAUCAUAGUUGGGCUUUUUGCUCGUUUAUUUCUUUUCAAAGGCAGUUGUCAUUGCAAACCAUUUUGACAAAGGUUAUGGAAAAUUAUAAAAGGAAAGUUUAAAAAUGAAAAUAACAGUUAAAAAACACACUGGAGGUUGAUGGACCUGUCAGAUUGACAAGAAGAUUUUAGUUGUUGCCUCAGUUCUGUUCUUACUUGCUUUUGUACUCUAGAAAAUGUUAUUUAUUUUUAUUUUUACACUUUAGAAUUUAGAUGCAAAAUAGCACUUUGAAAAGCUAUUUCUAUAAGUGUUAGUAUCCCAACCAAAAAAUAAGUCUGCAUGAAUCAGUACUUAAAAUUGAGCAAGAUCUCAUUAAUUCAACAAGCAUUAAUUGAACACCUACCAUGUAUAAGGCUGAGGGAGUUCAUAUACCUUAAAGUUUUUGAGAUGAGAAAUAUCUUCAAAUCACAAUACAGGAUAGAAGCUGAAAGUGUACAGUAAGAAGCAUAAAGGGAUACUGAGACUUCAAAAGAAAGAUUUGAUCUCAGGUCUGUAAUCUCUUUAUUUGGAAAUAAGGAAAAGAAACUAGAAAUUAUAUUUGCAGGAAAGAUGAUUGAGUGCUACAUUUUUUAAAGAGAAUUGAUGAAA